GAUGCCGGGGAAGUUGCUGACUCCGUCCCCGAACUGGUAUUGUAGCCGAUGCAGUGACACUAACCCCCGGGGAAUCCUCGGCUUCGGAGCCAAGAACAGCAUCUUCCUGCUGGAGGUCAGCCCGGGCCAGCCUCUCAUCCUCGGAGAGUUGGCAGGGCACACGGAAAGGGUCACUGGGUUCACCUUCUGUCAGCACCUAGGUCUUGUGGAUAUCUGCGCCAGUGCAUCUGAUGAUGGCACCGUUAAGGUCUGGGAUAUUCAGACGAAAAAUGUACUGCAAGAACACUCCGCUCACCAGAGUCCCAUCACUGCUGUGCACUGGUCUCCCCUGAAGAAGGAGCUGGUGGUGUCUGGAGAUGAGAAAGGGAUUGUGAUCUGUUGGUGGUAUAACAGAAAUGAUACGCACCACUUUUUCCCGGAACCCCGAACCAUUUUCUGCCUCUCCUGCUCGCCUCAUAAUGAAGACCAGGUGGCUGUGGGGUAUAAAGAUGGGAUGAUUGUCAUCAUUGAUAUAAACCGGAAAGGAGAGGUGAUACACAGAUUGCGGGGUCAUGAUGGAGAGAUUCAUUUCCUGUCCUGGUGCCCGCAGCUCUGCGAGUCGCAGUUCCUCAGUGAUGCCACCUCAGAUACACUGGGACUGAAUGGUGAGCUCAUGAAAGGGGACACUGCGAAGGAUUGUUUCCUGGCAUCGGGAAGCAGGGACCAGACAAUUCGGAUCUGGAACGCCACAAAGGGCAAAGGUGUGAUUACUCUGAAGUUGCCGUCGCUUAAACGAAGAGGCGGAGGAACAGAUGCGGGAAUAAAGGAACGUAUUUGGCUGACAGUGCAUUGGUCUCGAAGCUGUCCCACCCAAUUACUCUCCAGCUGUUUUGGGGGGGAGCUGCUGCUCUGGGAUUUGACGAAGACGGGGAAGCAGAAAUGGACACUGCUGGGGUCGUCAUCAGAAGGACAGAAUCACAGCAGGAUUAUCUUCAACUUGAGUUCGGUCUCCCUGCAGGAUAACUGUGAGCUAUUGCUGUCGACCUCGAUGGACCGAGAUGUGAAGUGUUGGGACCUUAAUACACUGGACUGUUGCUGGACGCAGCCGACACUUGGAGGCUUUGUCUACAGUCUGGCAUUCUCCCCUGUGAAUAUCGGCUCCCUUGCUAUAGGUGUGGGUGACAGUAUGAUCAGGGUGUGGGACACCCUGUCCCUCCAGCGUGCUUAUGACAUCAAGACUCUAUGGCAAGGAAUCAAAUCCAAGGUCACUGCUUUGUGUUGGCACCCAACCAAAGAGAGCUCAUUGGCAUUUGGAACUGAGGAUGGCAAAGUUGGCAUUUAUGAAAUUUAUUCAAACAAGCCCCCUCAGAUUUCCAGCUCCUACCACAGGAAGACUGUUUACGCUCUGGCUUGGGGGCCACCACUGCCCCCCAUGGCGAAUGGCGGUGAUGGGGAUGGGCCAGGUGUUAGCCUGUACAGCUGCGCGGGUGAGGGGAUCAUCCUGCAGCACAACCCCUGGAAACUGACAGCAGAUGCCCAGGACAUCAACCGGUUAAUCCGGGAGACCAAUGGAAUCAAGCAUAAACUUCCAGGUCGCAGUGAACUGAACUGGAAACCUGAUGGUAAAGUCCUGGCUAUUGGGAACGACGAUGGGUCGAUUGAGAUCUUCCAGGCUCCUCACUUGAAGUUGCUGUGCACCAUUCAGAUGCACCACAAGCUGGUGAAUGCUAUCCGCUGGCAUCACCCACACGGCACACAACCUGAGCUCAGCUCCCUCAUCGCCUCCGGCUCCAACAAUGCCAUUAUCUACGUUCACAACCUGAAAACCGUGCUGGAGAGCCCUCCGGACACUCCAAUAACAGUGACUGAACCGUACAGGACAUUACCAGGGCAUACUGCGAAGAUCACGAGUCUGGCGUGGAGCCCUCACCACGAUGGAAGGCUGGUGUCAGCCUGCUAUGAUGGCACUGCGCAGGUCUGGGAUGUCCUGAAGGAGGAGCCUCUGAGCAACUAUCGGGGACACAUCGGGAGGUUGCUGGGGGUCCAGUGGUCUCCAGUUGAUUCGGACUGUGUGUGGACAGGAGGCGAUGACUUCACAGUACGGCAGUGGGAGGUCUCAAAGCAAGAGCAUACCCGACCACCUAAAGGAAAGAAGUCCUUCGAGUUUGAGAAGAAAAGGCCCAACUGCGCAAAACCCAAAUCGAAAAAGGCCAGGAAGCGAACAGAGAAGGGGAGCGUGGGGCAGGAUGGGGAAGAGACCCGGGAAAACUCAACACAGAGUGUGGCAGGCAGUAGGAACAGCAGCGCUGACCAAGCGGAGGAAGAGGAGGAGGAAGACUGUCGGGACGACACAGAGAUGGCAAAGUUGUCCAAUGGGACUUCUCGAACCCCGGUUUCACUGAAUGAGCCCAGAGCAUUGGAGAACACGGAUCUUCCCAACAGCCUACACACCAAUCUGAGCCAAACUCCCCAGGGGAAGCCAGACCGGCUGAAGGAUGAGAGGAGGAGGGAGCGAGCAGAGGUGGCUAUGAAGAAGAAGAAAGGGCGAUCUGUUCUCCCACUCAGUACGAUCAACGAUCACCGAUCAAAGGAGGAGCUUCUCUCGGACUGUGUGAAUCUCGCUAACAUCCUCUACUCGAAAGAGUCUGAGAGCCAGAGUCGGCCAGGAUCGGGAGCUGAAAUCCAGCUGGGUCUCUAUGCGGACAGGGCAGCUCUGUACAGGAUGUUCAAGGAGGAAGGGCAGAAUCAUCUAGAAGCUGGGCAUUCCGAGAUCUGUUACCAGCUGAUGUUGUGGAAAGGUGACAUCGGAGGAGCUUUGGAGUUGGCCACUGAGAGGGGAGAGCUCAACGACACUUUAGUUGCUAUGGCGCCCAUGGCUGGGCACACAGUUUGGGUGCGAACAGUUGAAGCCUUUUCCAAACAGCUGUGUUUCCAGGAACAGUAUGUGAAGGCUGCCACUUACCUGCUGUACAUCCACAAGGUCUACGAAGCCGUGAAGCUUCUCCAGUCUCACCAGCUGUUUCGAGAAGCCAUUGCCAUUGCCAAAGCCCGGCUACAACCCGAUGACCCGUUGUUGAAGGAGCUUUACACCAACUGUGCUGGCGUCAUGGAGAAAGACGGCCAUUACACAAUCGCAGCCAAGUGCUAUUUGACGGCCCAAUCCCCUUACGAUGCGGCUAAGAUCUUGGCGAGGAAGGGCGACAUACCUUCGCUACGGGCGGCUGCGACGGUGGCCUCCAUUGUCGGGGAGCAGGAGCUGUCCUCCUUGUUCUCCUCCAGAUGCUCUUUGGAUCUGUUGGCCCAGCGUGACUGGCAGGCGGCACAAGACGUCCUGCGCCCGCAGGAGGUUUUGUUGGGCCAAAGGUUGGUGCUGUGUACGUACGAGUUACUGUACCGGUACCUUGCUGACGGGAACCUGACUCUGUGGAAGAGUAUGAACGCACCCUGCUACCAUGACUGGACCUUACGGAGCGAUGAGCCACUCAUUCGUUCAGUGAUUGCCAUUUGGCAAAGUGAGUUUGGGAUCACACCAGCCAAUACUGAACGACUGAAGACAGGUCAUCAGCAGCUCAGGAUGACUGAACACCCAGCGGCAUCUCCCAACACCUCGCCCAGACUGCUGAUGCUGUACUUGGCUCAUGACCUGAGUGUGGCCAUAGCCUGCAGUCUGCUGUCUGACUGGACCCAGAUGACCACUGAUCUCCCGGGAGUAGCAAAGAAAGCGUGUAGGUUACGUAGGAUUUCUAAGUCGGGGCCUCGCUGUGGUCUGGGAGCUGGGAAGGGCCUGGGGCUGCACUCUGCUACCUUACAAGGAGAUGACAGAGCUACAAUUAAAACCAGUUUGUUUUCUGUGUCUUGCACACACAGUAAGGAGACCAGCUCUAUGACAACUCUGAUGGGACAGCUCCGGGACAUCACCCAGCAGCAGUCCGAGCUGCCAGAGACUGUAACGCUUCACCCCUUCCCUGACGUUGUCGAGAGCAGUCUCGUCCUCCUCUCCAUCUCCUCACUCGUUCCAUCCAUCGUUCCCUCCGAGAUCCGAAACCAAGCUGCGACGCUGGUUCAGACCUACGGGACAGCGCGGCCGUAUCAAAGGGCAGCGCAGAGAAUCCUCCCAGGGACAGCCUGAAGGAGGAGAGGAGAGAUGGCCUUGGAAAUGCUGCUAUCAGGGGCCUGGACGUGGGGGAAUCUGCAGUGGGAGAGAUUGUUUUAUCCUGGUGUUCCAUCUUCACCAGUCACUGGGAGGGGAGAGGCUGUGAGUUUAAUGUCAUGUGAGUGGGUAGCACUGGGUUCUCUGGUGACUGACCCUGAGCUAUUGACUGUGGUGAUGGGGGAAGGAUCAGAGUGUGAAUGUGUUUACAGUAAUAACACUGCCUGUCUGCCACUGCCAACUGCUCUUGCUCAGAUUGAGGCCAUUCGAUCAUUAACCCCUUGAUUUUCCGCAGCCAAUUAGUUUAUUAUUCCCCCUGCAUUCCCACAAUUUUCUGGAUCUCAGCAAAUUCGCAAUGUGACUUGCAGGAUUUCACUAUUUUUGUUUUUCAGAAGAAAGAUCUGAAUCUGUCUGUCUGUCUCUCUCUGCUCCUACGCACCCUCUC